CAGCAGUAAGGUAAACUACCCACUGCACUUCCGUUGCCCAUGACACCGGAGCGAAGUUCUGACAGCUGAUUCCUAAAUCAGUUCAUAUCCAUUUCGUGCCUCCAGGGCGUCAUUUUUGAGGUUAUUUACAGGCGCACGGAGCUGCUACGACUCUCGGCUGGAGUUGCAGACUGCGGCCCGAGCAGAGGAGGGGCGGCUGAUUAUGGUGUAGCGCGGAGCGCUAGCUCUGAGACAGCAGGCAUUUGAGCAGCAGUGCAUUGCAGCACGGUGCACCGUGGUUUUGACAGUCAUAUCACAUCAGCGUAGCCAUGCUCACGUUGGCCAGUAAGCUGAAGAAAGAAGACGGAGGAAAGACAGGCCGUGCCUCCGGAGCCUCAGACUCCACCCACAGGGUCUCAAUCAGAGACCGCCUCCUUACCAAAGAAGUUGCCGAACUUGAAGCCAAUCUUCCUAGCACAUGCAAAGCCAGUUUUCCAGAUGAGGAUAAGCUGCAUCAUUUUCAGCUGGCAGUGUCUCCUGAUGAGGGUUACUACCAAAGUGGAAGGUUUCAAUUUGAAAUAGAUGUCCCUGAAGCCUAUAACAUGGUGCCUCCUAAAGUGAGAUGUCUGACCAGAAUAUGGCAUCCCAAUAUCACGGAGAAUGGAGAAAUCUGUUUGAGCUUAUUGCGGGAGCACUCUAUUGAUGGCACAGGCUGGGCCCCCACUAGAACAUUAAAGGAUGUGGUCUGGGGAUUGAACUCCUUGUUUACUGACCUUUUGAACUUUGAUGACCCGCUGAACAUUGAUGCAGCAGAACAUCAUCUGAGAGACAAGGAGGACUUUCGGAAUAAGGUUCAAGAUUACAUCAAGCAUUACGCCAGAUGAUAAAAGCAUUGGUGACCCGCUGCAGCCUGCACCAACUAACCAAACUGCUCUACCUUGCCUCUGCUUCUCUUGGCCAACUCCCCUCCCACAUGUGUGAAUCAGCAGCUGACUCUUUGACUCGUACCACUCCCCUCCCUCUCGACACCACAGCUCUGGCGACGCCCCGCCUCUUCUGUUCACCCAAUUGCAAUAAACUUCACAUCGCAGGAAUGAAAUUUAAAAAAAAAAAAAAGUCACACGUUGAAGAGAGGACUUACAUACACAAGAAAAUAACGCUUUAGUUAAUCGGCCGAGGGUUACAGUGACCACAGUGUCUGUCUGUUGUGGCAAGACACACGAAUGACGCCACCCCGCUGACGAGCCCGUCGGACACGAGCCACGUGGCGAUGGAAUUGGUUGCGAUGUUUAACUGAAGAAGACAACAAGUCACGCUUGGCUAUUUUUAAAUUUGAUGACUCAAGAGGAAGAUUAUCUGUUACUGUCAGUUCUCUGUUCCAGUGCCUGCCAUGUUUGUGUCACUAAAGUGAAAAUGCAUGUGAGUUCACACACACACACACACACACGCAGUCACAGCCUGCAGUAAAAGGUGAGCACAUGGAAAAACACACAUUGGUUGGAAGUUGGAAAGCCUGCAGCCCCCAGCCCCAUUAGACAGCAUGUGAAUGACCACACUGACCCAUUUUAAUGUCAUUCUCUCUGCAUGUGUACACGCACGCACGCACGCACGCACGCAGACACACACACACAAACACAUGCACGCAGACACAGCUGUGUGUUUUCAGUUCCAGUGACAUAAAAUACUGCCACAAAAACA